GUUGUGUUAUAUUUCCCAGAAGAAAAAAAAAGAACGUUUAGAUGAUGAAAAGUAUUGCAAAGAUGCAGCGACUGAGUUGACACAUUUAUUCCUGCAAGUGUUUGUAAAAACUGCGUUUUGUCCGGUAUAGGUGGACUUGUAUAAUAGUAAUAUUAUAGCACAAAAGGGCAUUUAAACUACGGAUAUAUUUGUACCACGUGGAUACAGGAUUAUUAAGUUAAGACCACAGCUUGGAGAUUAGACAAGUACAAGACUCGAUGGCUUUACAGAAUCAAUCAAGCGCAUAUGACUGUUCCAGUUAGCCAACAAAUUUGUCAAGGAUCGCUUCUGUACACAAACCGGAAAACUAUCUUCAAUUCGUAUGCAAAUGAUGGAUAAUAUUUUUCGUAAUCAACAUCGCGCGGAUCAGAAAUCAAACGUCGACAUGCCUCUUAAAAUAAUGUUUACUACAUGAUAACCAGUGGCAAAGAAUGGGUUGUGAGAACAGCAAAUCAGACAGCAACGACGAAGACGAGAUCCAAGAGCACGAGGAUGAGUUCAACGAGAAUAGGGUGGACUCAAUCAAGAGUACGUGGCCAAUACUGACUAGAGACAGGAUGCAGACUGGGUCCAAUUUGUUUCGACAUAUAUUUCUGGUGGAACCAAGAAUAAAAGCGCUCUUUAAACGAGACAGGAGCAUGACUGAUGAAGAAGUGCUACACAGUAUAGAGUUCAAACACCACGUUGAGAGAUUUAUGCAUUCCAUGGACCAGGUGGUAGAGAACAUUGACAAAGACAGAGAUAAUGUCGAACACAUGCUGUUGAUUCUAGGAGCAAAACAUGCAACAUAUGACGGUUUCAAGGAAGACUACUUUUCCGUUUAUGCAAACUGCAUGAUUGACACAUGGGAAAGCGUUAUAGGGGAGGAGUUUAUUAAGGAAGUAAGGGAGAGUUGGGAAUUGUUGGUUGCCUACGUCAUAAGGUAUAUGAGUGAAGGAUUUAAAAUGUAUACACAUGACUCCUGCGAAGAAAUUCAUAUGGAACAUCUCCAUGAAGAAGAUCCAGACUGAGUAGUAUUAACUAAAUUAAUUUCUUGUAUGGGUUUUGAUCCCGUAUGUCUUCUUGAGGCAUUUACUCAUUCGAUGACGUAAGAACUGUGGCUAUGUUGAUUUUAGGCAAGAGAAUCAUUUGCGUCGGUCAUUUAGAGAUCACCACGAUUUACAUCUCGUCAAAGAAAACUAAAACACAUACCUUGUAGCAUAUCAACUUCACUUACAUGAGUACCUUUCGUUAGACAAACAUAAUACAUGCGUUCAAUUAUUCUUUAAAACGGAUCACCACAUUUUGUCAUUUAGACAUUCCUUUAUUAUGAUGAUAUCGACGAACCCAUCAAAACAACACAGUAUCUAACAUGAUGUAUGUUUAACAAGCUUGACAAACGUCAGCAUGUCCACGUGGAAGCGGAACAAGGCACUGUGCAAUGACUAUGCCUCAGCAUUAACCGGCUGUCAUACUAUUCCCAUUUGACAACGUUAAGAGAUAUUAACGCUUCCUGUAUACAACAAGAAAGUUAAUGCGCGGUCACCGUUUUCAUGAUCUCCUCAAUACUAUUCACCAAUGUAUGUUUGCGCCAUUAUUGAACUGACCUGUACGUUUUCAAAACAAAGAGUUACAAUGACUGUUCUUAACAUUAAAAAUUGUUUAACGGCUUCUACUUUUAGUGAUAAAUUAUAUUUUGCGUCGAUGUAGGUUUUGUUCCACUGGUGUGAGCGUGUUACCCCGAAAGCGGAACAAUGCACAUUUCAAUGAGGAUGUAUUUGCAAUGACCAGCUGUCAUACCAUUCCCCAUUGAUAACGUUAACAAACACCAAUGCUUCAGUUCAAAACACGAGAGCAAAGUCGGUGUCGCCGUUUCCUAUGCUCUUCUCAAAAGUUUUCUUUAUUGCUAAAGUUUCCUUUUCGUUGUCAUCACAUGGAGCUGCAGUGUAUGUACCCUUAAAAUUGUAUAGCGUUUUCCACUUGAAUGUAAAUCUAUAUUUUGCAAGCUUAUUUUGCAUCAAUGUUUGAUCUUGUCCACAAAACCAUACUUGCACACAUUAAACUUGCACAUGUUUUAGCACUAAGUGACCUUCAAAUGUGUCUGUUUAUAAACAGUAAGUGUCAGCUACACUUGAUUAGAAAAGAGCUUCCUUGAUACAGGAAAAUAUCAUUAUUUGUGUGCUUUGUUUUCUUGAACUACUCCUGGUUGAAUUUGCAAU